AUGGAAAUUCUUAACUACAUAGCACUCGCAGUUAUUCGUGACUUUCUGCUACUGGAAAUUAGAUUUCGAUCGAUAACAAAGCAGUACUUUCGCAAAGCUGAUGGGGUUUUGUUAUUGUUUGAUGUUACCUCUGAGCAAAGUUUCCUCAACGUACGAAACUGGAUCGACUCCGUACGAGCAGGUGUUGAUGAAACCACCGUUAUGGCGUUGGUCGGUAACAAGGUAGAUUUAUUCGGCAGCGAUUCAGCGCGGAAUAGUGUGUUUAGAGCGGGAAAGAAGCUAGCAGAGGAAUUUGGUAUGCCUUUUUAUGAGACUAGUGCCUACACGGGGUACGGAAUCGAACACUGCAUGAAGACAAUAGCCGAGUAA